AUGACUCAAAGUGGAAGGCAACGUGGAAUUUUCCCUCUCCCUUUGCCAACAGGUGAAGCGAAGCAGGACCACUGCCCAUGCUCUUCAAGGAGUGUGGGCAGAAGGCUCGGCGAAAAGGCACACGUUAACCAGUGGGUGCGCGACCUGGUGGUGACCUUGAACAGUCUUUACGCCGGAGUCGAGUACGCGGGCAGUUUUGCUGCUGACCGGACACCUGCCACGUUGAGUCAACGUCUGUGCCUUGAUAGGUUGCGGACGGCAGUUUUGGAUGCCGGCAAGCCGCCGGAAGGCAUCACUGGUCAGGGAGCCUUAAGUGAGCUCCGGACCCUCCCAGGCUACUCUGGCGAACCAGCUAGCUUGGCACCGCUUCAGCUUGAACUUCUGUCGCUGCCUCCGAAAGGGUCCGAACCAGCUUCACUGGAGAAGAUUCUUGAAGGGAAGGCGGAGAAGAUUUCUGAGCGGCUGAUGUCUAAAGUAGUUUCCGAGAGUGAGGUUGUGGCCCGAAAAGGGCUGGUAGGUGUGAGAUGUCCAUACAGUGAUCCAUUGUUGAAGCAAUGUCCCAGAGUGUACGCGAGUUUUUGUAGGAAGCUUGCUGAGUCAGGGCUUGUUGAGUACCGACGUGAGUGCACUGAGCGAGUUGGGGCAUUCACUGUCUGGAAGAAGAGCGGGCGGCAGCGACUUGUCAUCGACUGCCGUGCUGCAAAUCUUCACUUCGACCAGCCCGACAGAGUCCACCUGGCGACGGGCAGCGCCUUUGCGAGGCUCGCGGUGGACAGUGGGGAGCCUGUCGAAGUGGGGGGUGUUGACAUUGCAGACGCAUUCUACAACAUCCAGUUGCUUCCAGCAUUGCGUCGGUACUUUGGGCUACCAUCCGUUAGGGCCUCGCACGUGGGCGUGACUCACACCAUUGAGGGCAAAUGCAAGCCGAAUGACCUCAUUGUUCCUGUCCUUAAAGCGGUGCCAAUGGGAUGGACACAUGCGCUCUGGGUUUGCCAGUCAUGUCACGAGAUUAUCGUUGACGAGAUUCCCCGGAUUGCUUUCAACCCUAGACUCGUGGAUAGGCAACCUGCGCCAGGAAUGGAUCCCUUUGUACACACAGAGUACGUGGACAACUUCGUGGCUUUGUCACAGAGGCCGGGUCUUGCGUUUGAGCUGGCAAACGAAGUAGGACAGCGACUUCGUGAGCGCGGUCUGCCGACACAUGAAGUUGAAGCCGGGCGAGGGAUUGAAACUUUGGGGUGGAAGUUCAGUGAAACGGAGCCUGUCGUGAAGGUGACUGCAAAGCGGCUCUGGCGACUACGACUCGCCACACACGAGCUUCUCCGGGAAGGCCGCGCGGAUGGGAGGCUCAUAGAGCGGUUGGUGGGUCACUACACAUUUGCUGGGCUUUUGUGUCGCGGACUUCUAUCCGUUUUUCAACCGACUUAUGCAUUUAUUAGAAAGCAGUAUACAACACAGUGUUGGAUUUGGCCAGAAGUGCGUCGUGAGCUUUUCUGGGCGUCGUCAUUGUUGUGCCUCAUUCGCAAGGACAUGUCUAUACCCUGGAGCACAAAAGUGCAUGCCACCGAUGCUUCUCACUGGGGCAGGGGCGUCGUCUCUGGCGAGCGUGAAGUUGCAGAUGUUCGUGUCAUUGGAGGGGUGUGUGACCGAUGGCGCUUUUCACGCGAGAGUGAGUCGCUGAUCGCUGGCAUGCCCGACUCUGUGCAGGAGGGUGAAGGCGAGACCGAUGGGAGCUUCAGUUUGGCCAUGCCCCGCGCUGAGCAUGAGACGCUUGGUUUUUCGAGGGAGGUGCCUUUGGACUUCAUCGGGACGGGUUGGCAGAAGGUUGAUUCUGCACCUUGGAGUCGUGAUGAGCCCAUUGCUGCUCUGGAGGGCAGAGUGCUUGUCUGGUUGGGUCAGCACCUUGCAAGGUCCAGAAAAAAUCAUGAUCGCAAACAUCUUGUGUUGACGGAUUCGAUGACCGUCACUCUUGCAAUGGCCAAAGGUAGGUCGAGUGCUAAGGGCAUGAACCGCAUUUGCAGGCAGUUGGCAGCUUUGGAGUUUGCAACGGGGGCACAGUUGGUGCCCCGGCCGAGUCUGGGGAGCUCACAUGUUCCUGGAGAGCGUCAGCUGCGCAAAGUUACCGGCUCCAACAAGGACGCGGAGACUCCAGCCGUGAAGAAGUCAAACAAGCAGAGCAGCCUCGGCUCGGUGCAAAGACGCAAAGUACACCGGGCCAGUGUGAGAAAACGGCUGCAUGGCGAGGGGUUGGUGAAGGAUGCCAGCUCGACAAAGACUUUCUUGGAGCGUCGAAGCGUGACAUCUGCCAGGGAGAGAUCGUAUUCGCUGGCCUGGAACAGCCUUGUAUCGUGGGCGAAGAGCAAUCGCAAGGACAUGACGUCUGUUACGGCCUUAGACCUGGCGGUGACAGUGAGGCUCAACGAGAUGUUUUUCGACGGGCACGACUUGGCCGACGGAACGACUCUCUUAGCCGCUGUGAAGUUCUUCAGGCAAGAUGCCAAGGAGCAGAAGCUGACCAGGGCCAGCGAUGCGCUCGCUGGAUUCCGAAAGUUGGAUCCGCCUCAGGGGAGGGUCCCUCUUCCCUGGCCGAUGCUUUGCAUGAUAGUGGUGAGCUUGAUCGGCGCCGGACAUACCGAAGUGGGAUGGUGGCUACUGCUGAUUUGGGCCACGUGCAGUCGCCCGGGCGAAUGCCAUCGCCUGCUCAUGAAGCACUUGGAACGGUCUCUGAUCAGCGAGGGUCUGCCAGAGUUCAAGCGGACUCGCGGGGUCGGAGGCAAGCCUGGGCCCUCAAAGGUUGGCGAGACGGACGAGGCCGUAAUCAUCGACCACCCGUAUCUGCAGGGCCUGCUGCCACGCAUCUGCGCCGGGAAUGCCAGCAAGCGAGCAGAGGAACAUGUCUUCUCCUUCGACAUGAGCGAGGCGAGUCGGCUGUUCGUUUCAGUGGUGAACGAGCUCGGUUACGACAAGGUUGGCAUCAACUGUGUGUACCAAGUCCGGCACGGCAGCUCAUCCACCGACGUGCUGCAGGAGUUCCGCACCUUGGAGCAGGUCCAGAAGCGGGGGCGGUGGCAAACCUUCAAAAGCGUGCGCAGGUACAGCAACGGCGGGCGGCUAAGCCAAGUGUACGGACAGCUCUCUGCAGCUCAGCGCUCUCAAGCCGAGAUUGCGGAACGUGGGAUCCAAAAGACUUUCGGUGCCUCCGGCGCCUGCCAGUGA